GGGGCGUGGGGACCGCGGCCGGCUCUCGGCGCCGCGGUGGGAAGCGCGCUCAGGACCCCCUGGUGAAAUCUGUUCCCCGGACCGGCCCGCGCUGGCGCUGCCCCGGAGUCGCGUUCAUUCACCCUGUUAAGGGUGACUCGAGUUCCCAAAGCGGGGGCCUUUUUAGGGUUGCUGCGUUCGAAGUGUCUGGAGCCCAUCUCUGCGCGCUGCUGACUUUGACUAGUAGCUGCCUUCUUUCUGUCCUUUUUCUUUUUUGAAGCUGUCAUUCGUCUCUGAAAUGUAGGACUCUUCUAGCUGCUCCCACUCCACCUCUUACCUCCUCACCGCCCUCCCCUCACAGGGGUCGACAGAGUCUUUAAUAACUAAGAAAAGGCCAUCAGCUGAUUUUGGGGUGGGGAUUUCCUGGUGCCUGAAUUAGGGAGGCUUAUUUUACUUGUUUUUAAAAAGUUUUUAUUUUGCUUCUAUUAAGUAAUCUCCCCAAUGUGGGACUGGAACUCAUGACCUUGAGAUCAAGGGUCCUGCGCUCCACUUACUGGGCCAACCGGGCGUUCCUGAAUUAGGGAGGUUUAAAAUAACAUCACAGUUGAGACUGAAAGAGAACUUUCUUACUCCUCUAGUCCAGGCUUUCAUGUAGUGCUCUGAUAGAUGGGCAUUCAGACUUUGCCUGAGCAUUGUUAGCAUAACACUAGGCAACUUAUUUUAUUCUUGGACCUAUUUUAAUGAGAGUACAGUUUUUCUGGGUAGAAUGAUGUAGUCAUUUUCCAUACGAUGCUUAACUCGUGGUCCAAGUGCAUAGGAUAAGCUAGGGACAGGAAGUUCAGAAGUUCAUGCGCUUUCAUUCAUUAUUUCGUUUCUUCAGGGAGCAUUCACUGAGUAUCCAGUAGGCACAUCCUGCCAAGUACUAGGGGUACUAGUUGAAAGAAUCCUUUUCCUCAAAGAGCACGUAGUUUUGAGGGAAGGAGAGAUGGGAAGGAGACAGGAGAAUAACAAAAGUGAUAAAUACUGUAAAAGAGGUUUACAAACAGGUGCUAUAAGAAUGUAAAAGAAGAUGCCCUCCAGUUGUUGCCCUUAGGAUGUGAAAACUGGAAUUGAGGCCAAGAGUUGAGAAGUAACAUAGCAUAGAGAAUGAUAGGAAUCUCUUGUUUUCAAAACAGAAUUUCUGUUAAUAUAGCUUAACCUUUUUAAACAACCACACUUUGCUUUUGGGUUGUUUCUGUUGAUGGGGCUACCUGUUUAUGAAAACAGCAAUAGCACACAUUAUUGAUGUGAUAAAUCACUAUUUAAUGACAUAGAUGCUGUUUUUAUUUCAUUUUAUAGCUGAAGAAACUGAGAUUCAGGUUAAGUAAUUUAUGCAGUUUCAGAAAGUUGGAGAGAAGCUGACUUGGGAAACAAAUGCAGACAGUGUGACUCCCACUUUGCUCUCGGCAUCAUGCUAUUCUGCCUCCCUGAUAGUAACGAUCACUGACGUUUACUAAUCACUUACUGUUUGAUUUUUAGAGCAACCCUAUGAGGUAAGAACAAUUACUAUCUUUUUCAGUUGAGGAAACUGAAGAUUAGAGAGGUUAAGUUGCUCAGCCAAGAUAACAUGCUAAUCGGUGGUGGAGUUAGGGUUUGAACCCGGCACUCUGACCACGGUCACUCCUCUCCCAUCUAAUGGGAGGUUGCGGGGGCGCCUGGGUGGCUCAGUUGGUUGAGCGUCCGACUUCAGCUCAGGUCAUGAUCUCACGGUCCGUGGGCUGGAGCUCCACAUCGGACUCUGUGCUGACAGCUCAGAGUUUGGAGCCUGCUUCCGAUCCUGUGUCUCCCUCUCUUUCUGCCCCUCCCCCACUCUCACUUUGUCUCACUCUGUCUCUCAAAAAUAAAUAGAUGUAAAAAAAAAGAAAAAAAUUGGGAAGUUGUGCAUUUGGUCUAAAGUACUGUGUCCCUUACUGAACAUGAAUAAGUGGAAAGGUGCUUGAAGAAAUGCUGUUAUCAUUAAUUAAUAUGAAGGUGAUAAGAACUUGCUUUUCUCCUUUCAGGAUGGAACCCAGGUGGGACUUGUACAAUGUUGCCCUGUAAGAAGAGAAGGACUACGGUGACUGGGUCCCCACAGCACCAGGGCAGCCAGGAGGAAGAGGACCUAGACCUGGAGUCCGCUGUUAAACCAGUGACUGACCAGGUGAAAGACUUGGGGUCAGCGUCACUCUCUGGGGGUCCAAGUCAUGGCAGAGCGGCUGGCCUCCAAGUGCAGUCCGCGCAGGAGGCAGGAAAUCAGCUUGGUGAGGAGGAUCCACCUCUGAGCUCCAGGGUGCUCACCCAGGACACAAACGCACCGGUUCUGGAAGCUGUUGACGCGGCCAUCUCUCAGGGCAUCGCCCUACCUUCCUUGGAGUCUUCUCAGCCUCUUGUUGUACACAGUGGUAAAGGAAAGCUCCAGGCCCCUGGCUCAAGGAGAGGGAAGAAGAUUGCACUCAGGCCUGGGCCAGUUCCCCAAGAAGAUAGAGGAGAUCAUCCUGUUACAAAGGAGCCUUUUUCAGGAGAGCGUAGUGCAGAAGUCAAGGAAGAAGGAGGAAAACCUCAGUCUGGAGGGGAGAUGCCUUCACUGCCUCUAGGCGCCCACUCUGCCAAACCGGGAGCCCUGCCUGGGAAGUCCCCUCCGUCACAUGUCUGUGCCUGUCCCCAAGAGAAGCCACUUGGGACUCUGGCUCCGCAAGCUGAGGAUGAGACAGAGGACGGCGGACUCUUCAUUCCGAUGGAAGAGCAAGGCAAUGAAGAAAGUGAGAAAAGGCGAAAAAAGAAAAAGGGUACCAAGAGGAAACGAGAUGGAAGGGGUCAAGAAGAAGGCACUUGGGCUUGCGACCUGAAGCUGGACGACGUGCUGGACCGCACGCUGGAGGACGGCGCCAAGCAGCACAACCUGACCGCGGUCAACGUGCGCAACAUCCUCCACGAAGUAAUCACAAAUGAACAUGUGGUAGCUAUGAUGAAAGCAGCCAUCAGUGAGACGGAAGAUAUGCCCAUGUUUGAGCCCAAAAUGACACGCUCUAAACUGAAGGAAGUGGUGGAAAAAGGAGUGGUAAUUCCAACAUGGAAUAUUUCACCAAUUAAGAAGGCCAAUGAAAUUAAGCCCCCUCAGUUUGUGGAUAUUCACCUUGAAGAGGAUGACUCCUCAGAUGAGGAGUACCAGCCAGAUGAAGAAGAGGAGGACGAGACGGCUGAAGAGAGUUUAUUGGAAAGUGAUGUUGAAAGCACCGCUUCAUCCCCACGAGGGGCAAAGAAAUCCAGAUUGAGGCAGGCUUCCGAGGUGACUGAAACGGACGAGGAGGGCGGCGUAUUAUCGGAGGCUGAGAAAGUCCCCACACCUGCCGUUAGGCACAUCAGCGCUGAGGUCGUGCCCAUGGGGCCCCCACCUCCCCCAAAGCCCAAGCAGAGCAGGGACAGCACUUUCAUGGAGAAGCUGCACGCGGUAGAUGAGGAGCUGGCCUCCAGUCCUGUGUGCAUGGACUCUUUCCAGCCCAUGGAUGAUAGCCUCAUUGCAUUCCGAACCCGCUCUAAGAUGCCUCUAAAAGACGUUCCCCUGGGGCAGCUGGAAGCAGAACUCCGGGCUCCAGACAUCACGCCAGACAUGUAUGACCCCAAUACAGCAGACGACGAGGACUGGAAAGUGUGGCUGGGCGGGCUCAUGAACGACGACGUGGGGAAUGAGGAUGAGGCCGAUGAUGACGACGAUCCAGAAUAUAACUUCUUGGAAGAUCUUGAUGAACCAGACACAGAGGAUUUCCGCACUGACCGGGCAGUGAGAAUCACCAAGAAGGAAGUGAAUGAACUCAUGGAAGAGCUGUUUGAAACUUUCCAGGACGAGAUGGGACUGUCCAACGUGGAGGAUGACGGCCCAGAGGAGGAGGAGCGCGUGGCCGAGCCCCGGCCUAGCUUCAACACCCCUCAAGCCCUGCGGUUUGAGGAACCACUGGCCAACUUGCUAAAUGAGCAGCACCGCACAGUGAAGGAGCAGCUUGAACAGCUGAAGGUGAAGAAGUCUUCGGGCAGACAGCAGCAGGAGGUCGAGAGGGCGAAGCCCCAGAACGAGAAGGUCCACCAGACGCUGACUCUAGACCCGGCGCAGAGGCGGCGGCUUCAGCAGCAGAUGCAGCAGCACGUGCAGCUCUUGACGCAGAUUCACCUUCUCGCCUCCUCCAACCCCAACCUCACUUCGGAGGCCAGCACCACCAGGAUAUUUCUCAAAGAGCUGGGAACCUUUGCUCAGAGCUCCGUCGCUCUCCGCCAUCAGUUCAACCCGAGGUUUCAGACCUUGUUCCAGCCCUGUAACCUGCCGGGGGCAGUGCAGCUCGUGGAAGCCUUCAGCACACAUGUCAGCGUCGACUGGAGUCCUCGGAAAACCGUCAAGAAGACUGCAGAUGAAUUUCCCUGUUUGCCAAAGCAAGUGGCUUGGAUCCUGGCCACGAGCAAGGUGUUCAUGUAUCCAGAGCUACUUCCAGUGUGUUCUCUGAAGGCAAAGAAUCCCCAGGAUAAGAUUUUCUUCACGAAGGCCGAGGACAAUUUGUUGGCUUUAGGGCUAAAGCACUUUGAAGGGACCAAGUUUCCGAAGCUGCUGAUGAGCAAGUACCUCCUCACCUGCAAGACCGCCCACCAGCUGACCGUGCGGAUCAAGAACCUCAACAUGAACCGCGCGCCCGACAACAUCAUCAAAUUUUAUAAGAAGACCAAACAGCUGCCCAUCCUGGUGAAGUGCUGUGAAGAGCUCCAGCCGCAUCAGUGGAGGCCGCCUGUAGAGAGGGAGGAGCACCGGCUUCCAUUCUGGUUAAAGGCCAGCCUGCCGUCCAUCCAGGAGGAGCUGUGGCGCAGGGCUGACGGCGCCAGAGGGGUAGGAGGUGUGACGGGAGCCGCUGAGGUCAGCUCAGAGCCAGGCCUGGGGACAGGCAGCUCGGAACUGGGGAGUGAAACUCCGUACCCACUGCUGUUGCCCAAGGGUGUGGUCCUGAAACUGAAGCCAGUUGCCAACUGUUUUUCCAGGAAGGCCUGGAGACAGAAGCGGCCGUCAGUCCUGAAGCCCCUCCUAAUCAGACCCAGCCCCUCUCUCCAGCCUGGCUCCACCCCCGGGAAAACACCGGCGAGGUCCAUUCCGCCAGAAGCCCCUCCAAGCAAAAUGGUGGUCCGAAUUCCUCACGUGAUCCAGCCAGCUGCUGUCGUGCAGACGGUGCCAGGUGUCCCUCCGCCGGGGGCCCCUGGCGGGGACAGUUUUGAGUCUCCGACGGCACUGCCUUCCACGACCCCUGAGGCCAGGACCGGCUUCCCCCUGUCUGAGCCCCAGACUGCGCUCCCCUCUGCCCCUGUGCCCAAGGUGAUGCUGCCCUCGCUUGCCCCGUCUAAGUUUCGAAAGCCGUGUGCGAGGCCGAGAGCCUCAAAGAGAAAGGGGGCCAAGGCCUCUCUGUGUCUGGAGCCAGCCUCCCUCAUCCACCCCGUACCUGUUAUCUUCACUGUGCCUGCUGCCACGGUCAAGGUGGUGAGCCUUGGCAGUGGCUGCAACGUGAUCCAGCCUGUCAGUGCGGCUGUGGCCCAGAGUCCACAGGCCAUUCCCAUCACCACCCUCCUGGUGAACCCCACUUCCUUCCCCUGCCCACUGAGUCAGCCCCUCGUGGCCUCCUCUCUCCCACCCCUGAUUGUCUCUGGCAACUCUGUGAGUCUUCCUGUCCCGCCCGCCCCUGAAGAUAAGGCCCCAGUGAGUGUGGACAUCAGUUGUCCUUUGGCUGAAGGGAAAAAUGCCUUUCAAGGCCUAGAACCCAAAUUAGAACCCCAGGAACUGUCUCCUCUCUGUGCCCCUGUCUUCCCCAAAGAGGAGCACAGCCCAGGGCCACCAGCAGCAGACCGUGUGUGCCAGGAAGAGCUGUCGGAGAACAGCGCCUGUGGCUGGACUCUUGUGAAAGCAGAGGACGGGGGGCAAGGUCUGGAGCCGCCCCUGGGCUCCCGAGAGUCUCUGAGCACACCCCCCGGGGACUUGGAGGACGUCGUCAAGAUGGAGCCCAAAGACGCCGGGGAGGACGCCUGUGAGGACAGCAGGGCAGGGUGUUCUGUGGGAUUGGACGCUGGCUUCCCAGGGGAGGAGCCAAGGAGGCCGCCCGUCUUACAGCAGGAGGAGGAGGAGGGAAGUCAGCCAGCGAGAACCUCUUCAGCCUCUCGGGAGCCUCGGGACGAGGGACACUCGGGAGCCGUGAGCAAAGGCUCUCCGAGGACCGCUUCCUCCUGUGCCGACCCCGACGCGGCGCGCAGCAGCCCCCCCGGGAAGUCUGAGGGCUUCGCUAGCGCUGAUCGCCAGGCGGCCGGGACCCCGGCUGGGCCGGAAGCUGGGGUGGAAAAGGACGGGCCGGAGGAGGAGGAGGAGGAGGACUUUGACGACCUCACCCAAGAUGAGGAGGACGAGAUGUCAUCGGCCUCGGAGGAGUCUGUGCUGUCUGUCCCCGAGCUCCAGGAGACGAUGGAGAAGCUGACCUGGCUGGCUUCUGAGAGGCGCGCGGGCCAGGAGGGCGAGUCCGAGGAGGAGAACUCCCAGGAAGAGAACUCUGAGCCUGAGGAGGAGGAGGAGGAAGAGGCAGAAGGGAUGGAAAGCCUGCAGAAGGAGGAUGAGAUGACCGAUGAGGCCGCCGGAGACCCUGCUGAGAAGCCGCCGGCCACCUUUGCCUCGCCCAGGACAGCUCCGGAGGCGGAGGCCGGCAGCGCCCCGCCAGGAGAGGGUGGCAGGGCUGCCGGGAAGGGCCGGAGCAGCCAGCGGGCUCGCGGCCGGCGGGGAGGCCGGGCCCGGGCCAGCAAGGACACCUCCAAGCUCCUGCUGCUGUACGAUGAGGACAUCCUGGAGCGGGACCCACUCAGGGAGCAGAAGGACUUGGCCUUCGCCCAGGCUUACCUGACCAGGGUGCGAGAAGCCCUGCGGCACGCCCCUGGCAAGUACGAGGACUUCCUUCAGGUUAUCUAUGAGUUCGAGUCAAGUCCUCAGCGGCAGACCGCUGUGGAUCUCUACAGAAGCCUGCAGAUCCUGCUCCAGGACUGGCCUCAGCUGCUCAAGGACUUUGCUGCUUUCCUGUUGCCCGAGCAGGCUCUGGCCUGUGGAUUAUUUGAGGAGCAGCAGGCUUUUGAGAAGAGCCGCAAGUUUCUCCGGCAGCUGGAGAUCUGCUUUGCAGAGAACCCCUCGCACCACCAGAAGAUCAUCAAGGUCCUGCAGAGCUGCGCGGACUGCCUGCCCCAGGAGAUCAGCGAGCUCAAGACACAGAUGUGGCAGCUCCUCAAGGGCCACGACCACCUGCAGGAUGAGUUCUCCGUCUUCUUUGAUCACCUGCGCCCAGCGGCCAGCCGGCUGGGCGACUUUGAAGAGAUCAACUGGACAGAGGAGAAGGAGUACGAGUUUGACGGCUUUGAAGAAGUGGCCCUGCCUGAUGUGGAAGAGGAGGAGGAGCCCCCCAAGAUGCCCACGGCCUCAAAGAGCAAAAGGAGAAAAGAGAUCGGGGUCCAAAAUCAUGAUAAGGAGGCCGAGUGGCCGGAUGGCGCCAGGGACUGUGCCUGCUCCUGCCACGAAGGAGGCCCCGAUCCCAAGCUGAAGAAAAGCAAGAGAAGAGGGUGUAGCCGCUGCAGCAGCAGGGUCUGUGACGGCAGAUCCUACAAGAGCAAGGAGCCCCAUGAGUCGGCGGGCGGCAGCCCCCACCGCGAGGCCAGCCCUGUGCCCGGUGCUAAGGAGGCCGGGCAGGGCAAGGACCUGCUGGAGGAGGAAGUCCCAGACGAGCGGGAAAGCGUUGAGGCCGCCCAGGACCCGGCCGGCAGGGGAGCUCUGCCUGUUCCAGGGUCAGCAGUGGGGAGCACGCAGGAAGUGACCCUGACAGAGCAGCUCGUCCUGGGGGGCCCACCGCCCUGUUCACCCGAGACUCCUCAGCUUUCCUCCAGCCCUGGAGUUGUGCUCUGCGUGGUUAGGAGAAACCAGGCUGAGCGUGAGGUCCUGCCCUGUCCUGAGGCGUCCCCUAGACUUCAGGAUGAGGGGGAGGACCAGGAGGCAGUGGGUGAGCCAGAGGCUUCCGUGCCCGCCUGGGAUGCUUCGGAAACUGAGAAACGGCCUGGAACCGAGGAGAACCCUGCUUCCUUUCUGAGUCCCGUUUCCUCAAGGACCAGAGACUUAGGGAGGAGACGGUUGUCUGAGGUCUCAGACAGUCCGGGGAGCUGGUUGCUGUCGAGCAGAGCUGGGGUGAAGACCGCACACAGGAUGUCCCCCGUCCACGAGUCGUCGGGAACGGACACCUCAGAGACUUCUUCCAAAGCCCCUAGGGGAGGUUUGGUUAAGGACUGUGGAGUGCAGGGCAAGGCCCCCGUGGGAGAGCAGCAGCCGAAGACCACAGAAGCUACUGUUUGUGCCAACAACAGCAAGGUCAGCUCCACCGGGGAGAAGGUGGUGCUGUGGACCAGGGAAGCUGACCGCGUGAUUCUCACCAUGUGCCAGGAGCGGGGGGCACAGCCACAGACUUUCAGCGUCAUCUCCCAGCAGCUAGGAAACAAGACCCCGACCGAGGUUUCCCACCGUUUCCGGGAACUCAUGCGGCUCUUCCACACGGCCUGUGAGGCCAGCUCUGAGGAGGAGGAGGACGCGACCAGCACCAGCAACACAGACCAGCUGUCUGACCGCGGGGACCUCCUGUCGGAGGAGGAGCUGGACGCGUGACCCGUGACCCUGGGCGCGUGGCGGUGUCAGCCGCUGGCCCCAGCCGGCGGUGCUUGUGCUUGGCUGGCGCCCCACCCCCGGGGCUCAGGCUGUAGGGCCGGAGGCGCGGGGGCUGAGGCCGACUGGGGGCGGAUGGCUCUGCUAGCCUACGAGUCCUUCUGGGUCUUUCUGAACGUACUCGUGAACAGCAUCGAGGGAGUGGGCUUGGCUCCCUUUCUACCUCCCCUCUCCCCCCGCCCCCCUCCCCGCCCGGGUCUGAUGGCACAUAUUUAUUGUUCUGUGAUCCCACCACAGUGGUUCUAGACGUACGAAGUGCUUGUGUCGGUGUAGCCAGUCCCAGAACAUUGAGCUCCCAUAUCCAGCAGUUUUUAUUGUAAACCAGCUCUUUCCUGUUCUCGGGAAGCCUUAGUCCACGAGGCCACCCCCACUCCGGUAGCACUGGGCCAGGCUGCGCAGCUCCUGCAGGGCCUCGUCCAGGUCCCCCUGCUCCACGCCGGCGGCCAGGAAGCUGGCCCAGCGCCGCACAUCGAGCUUGGUGAGCUCUCUAGCCAGGUCUCCCAGGGUCCGGUUCAAGGACGAGGAGGAGCAGAGGGCCCCAAGCACUGGGAUGCUCUCCACGGCUGUGGAGGGACACAAAAGGAGGCCUGAAAAUGGUUUUUCUACCCUGGGCUCUGCCGCGCAGACUGGAUGGGAGAGUGAACUCACUGGAUUGUGUGCCAUCCCCUCGGUAAACCAGUGCUCCAGAGGAAGGCCACGUCCCUCAGGGCCACCAAGUGAAUAAAGGGAUGUUUAACUGUG